AUGACGAAGCGAAUGAAGCGGUCGCUAGUAAUCGCUGAAGAAUUAUCCUUACGUCCAGCAGCUGCAGAAGCACCUCCACCAAAUGUUGUCCCGUCAGUCCAGGUGGACAUAGGAAGUAACGUGCUCGUUGAUCAGUACCUGCUUCGCCAGCUUGAAUUGACUGAGUCAGCUCCAGGGCCGUUUUCACAAGGCCUAUUAUGCAUCGUAUUUACCAAGGAGGAGCGGGCUGGGAAAUCGCUGUUUGGUAAAAAAUCGAACUCGCAUAAAAACGAUCCCGUGAAGCCAGGGCUGGACCCUGUGAGAGUUCAAGCUGUGAUUGCGUACACCUGCACGACGUUUCGUGACGUGGAGAAGGUUUCGAAGGGCAGCCUGUCAUCACUCCUCUCCAAGACGCCGCCACCUGUCCACAAGCAGCAGUAG